CCCUCUCCAUUCUCUCUCUUGAGGGGGAAGAAGAGAAUUAGGCCUCUAGAUUCAAGUUAAAGCUCUCUCUUCAUUGUCGAUAAGCAGAGUGAAAGUGUCAAGUCAACACUCAGCUGUGUUGCAGAGGAGAGAAAAUGGAAGGAAGCUCAAAGAGGAUUAACGCUAAUGGAAGCAAGAACGAGAAGGAUCUUUUUCACGUCAUUCACAAAGUUCCCUGUGGCGAUGGUCCUUAUGUUAGAGCCAAGCAUGCUCAGCUGGUUGAAAAGGAUCUAGAAACGGCAAUAGUGUGGUUUUGGAAGGCAAUAAAUGCAGGGGAUAGAGUAGAUAGUGCACUAAAGGACAUGGCAGUGGUGAUGAAACAAGUAGCCAGAACUGAAGAAGCCAUAGAAGCUAUCAGGUCUUUCAGACGCCGUUGCUCCAAACAAGCUCAAGAAUCUCUCGAUAAUGUCCUCAUUGACUUGUACAAGAAAUGUGGCAUGGUAGAGGAGCAAAUAGAUUUGCUAAAGAGGAAGCUAAGAUUGAUUUACCAAGGAGAGGCAUUCAAUGGAAAACCCACAAAAACUGCUCGCUCUCAUGGCAAGAAAUUUCAGGUUUCUGUCAAGCAAGAAAUCUCCAGAUUACUGGGAAACCUGGGCUGGGCCUAUAUGCAGAAAUCAAACUUCAUGGCAGCAGAGGUUGUGUAUCAGAAAGCCCAAAUGAUCGACCCAGACGCAAACAAGGCUUGCAAUUUGAGCCUUUGUCUGAUCAAGCAAGCCCGAUUUGACGAGGCUCAUAUGGUUCUCCAAAAUGUCCUGGAAGGUAAACUUCCUGGUUCAGAGGAUUGUAAAUCCAGGAAAAGAGCUGAAGAAUUGCUAAUGGAAGUGGAAUAUAGACAACCCCCACCUGAACUAAAAGAUAUAUUGGGCUUUGAUCUUGAAGAUGAUGAUUUUGUGAAGGGGCUUCAGCAAAUGAUGAAUGAAUGGGCUCCAUCAAGAUCAAAAAGGCUGCCCAUCUUUGAAGAGAUAUCUUCAUUUAGAGAUCAGAUAGCAUGUUAAUUAAACUUUUCUUUUUUUUUUUUUUUAAUUUAAAAUUGUGGGUGUGCGAGAUAUGUAUCUGUUUGAAGUGAUGGUGGUGUUUAUAUUUAUCAUUGUUUUAGGAAGUGUGUAGGAAUAAGGUAGCCUGCCUGCUUGUAAAAAAAUGUUUAUCCAGGAAUCAGUGUUGCUCUUGUUUGGAAAACCAACAAGUAAGCUACUGGGUUUCUUAAUAAAGGCAAUAAUAUCAGUGUUAUAAUAAAGAAAAUAAACCGAUUGACAACUCAA